UCUUCGAGGUUUCCUUGAGGCUGCCAAGCUUCACGUGCGAACAGGGGUCUGCUACUUCUUGCGUCAUAACUCUUUCAACUUCUCGCUCCGCAGAAAACAACGCACUGGCUCUACAUAAUCUCUUCUCUUCAACUCCUCUUAAUUCUAGUCAUCUACCUUCAAGCUAAUAUUCUCAAUUUCUGUUCCUGCUCUUGUCCUCUUCUCUUCUGUUACUGCCCUCAUAAGACCAGACCCCAAGUACUCACAAAUACAUUCUCAAUACCUCCAUCUCCUCCCGAUUUAGCAAUGGAGCCAGCCAUAACAGGCGCUCUUUACACGGCGGAAUCCCUCCUAGAAGGCGCCGUCGCCUUCGCAAAAGGCAUCGCCCACCCGACACUCCCGCUCAAAGCAAAUCUCACGCACGUCACCUCGGUCCCGGUAUCACGAUGCCAUCACACGCUGUCUGUCGUUAAAGGCCGUGCAUACAUAUUCGGUGGCGAGAGCGAGCCGGGAAAACUGGCAGAUAAUGCUAUGCACAUUGUCAUCCUGCCCUCUAGCGGCGUCCUCGAGGCCGAUUAUACCACAAUCCCCGCACGGCCUACCACUGCAGAUGGCCAUGUCCCAGCGCCACGGAAGGGCCAUACAGCCGUAGUAAUAGGGGACAGCAUAUGUGUCUUCGGAGGCUCAGGCAUAGAGCCCGAAAACGGAAGAAUGUGGGUCUAUAGCACGGUCUCCAAUUCCUGGAGCUGCCUGGACCCAGCCACAGAUUCCCUGUACCCAUCCCACCGCACCGGCCAUGCAGCUGCAAGCGCCGAACUCCCCGGGCCAAAAGAGAAGGUGUACAAGGAGCGCGCGCCGCAACAGCCCGCAGACCCUGCAAAGGUCGUACCGGAGCCCGCGGAUGAGGAUACUUGGGGUACUAUAUUCAUCGUUGGCGGUCGCAACAUUUCUUCCAACGAACUCCUCAAUGACGCUCUUGCCUUCGACGUCCGAUCACGCACAUGGUCUAAUAUUCCCACACCACUGGGCCAGCCGCGGGAAGGUGCGAGCAUGGAACUCAUGGGCAACCGGUUGUACCUAUUUGGCGGGAAAGGCGUCGAAACGUUCGCAUCCGGUGGCAUGGAAUUGGUGGACGUCAGCCCUGUGUGGAAACAUGCUGAAAGUGGCACCACGCCUCUCACUAGCGGAUGGGGAUGGGAAGAAAUCUCCCACGCGGAUGGCGAGGCGCCCCAAGCGCGGUCGGGCGCGGGGCUAGUGGGUGUGACGACGGGCCAGGGGCGGCACUAUCUCCUCGCUGUCGGUGGCGAAGGCGAGGGGCAGCCCACCGGUGAAUUCAAGGCUAAAGCUUUUAUCUCCGAUAUCUGGGCGUUCCAGAUUCCAUCUGAGCGCGCGACCGCGGCGAGCGUGAAGGAUGCGACGAAGGCGGGUAUGCGGAAAGACACGAAUGAGGCUAGGUGGGCGGAGGUUCAGUACAAGUUUCUCGAUUCUAUGGGCGAGGAAGAGAAGGAGGUUCCUGGGGAACCGAAGCAGGGGUUGGGGGUUAGAGGCGCUUUCGCGGUGGCGAGGGGAACUGAGGUCGAUGGCGCAAGUGUGGUUGUUUGGGGCGGCAUGGACGGAAGAGGGACGAUGCUGGGAGAUGGGUGGCUUGUGACUGUGGAUAGGUAAAGUGUGGGUAUAUAAGUCUGGCGUAAGGAUUGGCAUUUAGGGGCAAAAGUGGUACUAUGUUACCCUAAACUAUAACCAGGGAAGAGUUAAAAUGUUGGACUUUUUAGAGGGACACUAGGAGAAUGCAGAUUUCUAUCUUAAAUCA